CACAGGAAGCACUCUAUGCGCCGGAAGCCCUUAGUCCUCACUUCCGCUUUCCUGUCAGGAGGCGCCGGGAAGAUGUCUCCCACCAUGGGGGAGGCGGCUGCCAGCUCUGGGUCAGCGGCGGAGCUGCUUUUACGACGGCUUGAGGCGGCGGGGGCUCACGGCGAGGCCGGGAUUUGUAGCCUGGAGGCGGCCGCGGCCCUCGGCUUGGAGCACCAAGUGCUUGUCGGGGCGGUGAAGAGCCUGCAGUCGCUUGGCGAGGUGAUUGAGGCAGAACAGCGUACAUCCAAGAAGUGGGAGCUGACUCCUGAGGGCCAAGAAAUUGUACAAGAAGGAAGUCAUGAAGUUAGAGUCUUUAACAGCAUCCCUUCUGAGGGUCUGGUCCAGAGUGAGCUGAUGAAGCUCCCAAGUGGAAAAGUGGGAUUCAGCAAAGCAAUGUCCAACAAAUGGAUCAAACUAGACAAGGACUCAGAAGGUGGACCUCGAAUCUUCCGGGUGGUGGACUCUGUAGGGGAUUCGGUGAGGGAGAAGCUGCUCCAGGUACAGCGAGGAGAGGCUGACCGCCUCGAAGAGAAGGACAGGAAUGAACUGAAAAAGCGGAAACUUUUGACAGAAGUGACUCUGAAGUCAUACUGGAUCAAAAAGGGAAAUGCUUUUAGUACAAGUGUUGCCAAGCAGGAAACAGAUCUCACUCCAGAGAUGAUUGCCAGUGGUUCUUGGAGAGAUUUGAAUUUCAAGGCGUAUAACUUUGAGGCACUGGGCAUCAUGCCUGAAAGUGGGCAUCUCCAUCCACUGCUAAAAGUCCGCAGCCAGUUCCGGCAGAUCUUCCUUGAAAUGGGUUUUACAGAAAUGCCAACCGAUAAUUUCAUUGAGAGCUCCUUUUGGAACUUUGAUGCCUUGUACCAACCACAGCAACAUCCAGCCCGGGACCAGCAUGAUACUUUCUUCAUAAAAGAUCCUGCUGAAGCCAUUGAGUUUCCCAUGGAUUAUCUGAAAAGGGUAAAGAGGGUUCAUUCACAAGGAGGUUAUGGCUCUCAAGGGUACAAAUAUGACUGGAAAAUAGAGGAUGCUCGGAAGAACCUCCUUAGGACACAUACAACUGCUGCCAGUGCCCGCAUCCUCUAUCAAUUAGCACAGCAGGAAAAAUUUACCCCUGCCAAAUACUUCUCGAUCGACCGCGUCUUCAGAAAUGAGACAUUGGAUGCCACACACUUGGCGGAGUUCCAUCAGAUCGAAGGGGUGGUGGCCGAUUAUGGCUUGACCCUGGGGGACCUGAUGGGUGUCCUGAAGGAGUUUUUCACCAAGUUAGGAAUCACUCAGCUGCGCUUCAAGCCUGCAUACAAUCCUUAUACAGAGCCCAGCAUGGAGGUUUUCAGCUAUCACCAAGGAUUGAAGAAAUGGGUGGAAGUGGGCAAUUCAGGAGUCUUCCGCCCAGAAAUGUUGCUUCCCAUGGGCUUGCCAGAUGGGGUGUCUGUCAUCGCCUGGGGACUAUCUCUUGAGCGUCCUACCAUGAUCAAGUAUGGCAUCAAUAAUAUUCGGGAGUUGGUUGGUCACAAGGUCAAUCUGCAGAUGGUAUAUGACAGCCCGCUCUGCCGCUUGGAUGCCUAAGUUCAAGACUCUUCCCUCUUUCUUCAGACCUAUUUAUUACUGCUUAUCCUUGCUGGAACAUUGGGGUCUUUCACAGUUCUGGAUGGCAAAGCGGAGUAGUUGAAAAGCUGCCCAAGACUGCAUCUUUACAGAGGAAUGGUGACUCUCUACUUGCAAUCCCAAAUUGUAUGGAUUAAAUAUGUCUCAGUGCAAGGCAGGAUUGGUGGCUGCUUUAGUUUCUGAUGCUCUUGCAGUGUAGCUAGGCAAUGUUUCUACCAUGUCCGGUUGAAGAAUAACAUAUUUGCAUAAAUGUCUGCACUUUU